AAAUGACCUGGGGAGAUGCAGAGGGAUAUUGCACUGACCAAAAUGGUCAUUUGGCUUCCUUUCAUGAUGAAGCUGAGUACUACUUCAUCAGGAGACUCAUUGUGAGAGCUUCUGGAACCAACACAAAAUCUUGGGUUGGAGGCACCAAGGGAGAAUCCGGUGAUUGGACAUGGACCGAUGGAUCUGAUUUCUCCUACACUCAUUGGGGCCCAGGGGAACCAAACAACAUGGGUGGACAUGAGAACUGUGUGGAUAUGAACUGGAAUGGAGAAGAUUACGUCAACGAUGAAGUCUGCAGCCAACAAAAUGCUUUUGUUUGUGCUAAAGAUGUGUAAAUGUACCUUUGUUGUCCGAACAACAUGAUGAUGUCACUUUC